AGAGGAGGGCAGAGAGGAGAGGGACAGCGGAGAGGCUCUCGCCGCGCUCUCUAGAUAGACAGAAGGGCGAGGCAGACCGGCGAAGGGGCGGGAGGUGUAGACGCCUCUGCCCACAGGACCUGCGACACCAGACUGGCUCAGGGCGGCCGCCGGUUCGUCGGCAAUGCCCGAGGCUAGGGAAUCCCCUGGAGAACCCUGACAGCCACUUGCACUGCCUUGGAAGGACGGCCAGAAGUUAGCCCCAGGGGUUCAGAGACGCUCUCCUCUCCACAACUAUGGCCGGUGAUUCUAGGAAUGCCAUGAACCAGGACAUGGAGAUAGGAGUCACUCCCCGGGAUCACAAGAAGAUUCCCAAACAGGCACGGGAUUACAUCCCCGUAGCCACAGACCGCACUCGCCUGCUGGCAGAAGGCAAGAAGCCACGCCAGCGCUACAUGGAGAAGAGCGGCAAGUGCAACGUUCACCACGGCAACGUUCAGGAAACCUACCGCUACCUAAGUGACCUCUUCACCACCCUGGUGGACCUCAAGUGGCGCUUCAACCUCCUGGUCUUCACCCUGGUCUACACCAUCACGUGGCUGUUCUUUGGCUUCAUCUGGUGGCUCAUUGCUUACAUCCGAGGUGAUCUGGACCAUGUGGGCGACCAAGAGUGGAUCCCUUGUGUUGAAAACCUCAGUGGCUUUGUGUCCGCUUUCCUGUUCUCCAUCGAGACGGAAACAACCAUUGGAUAUGGCUUCAGAGUCAUCACUGAGAAGUGUCCAGAGGGGAUCAUACUCCUUCUGGUGCAGGCCAUCCUGGGCUCUAUCGUUAAUGCUUUCAUGGUGGGUUGCAUGUUUGUAAAGAUCAGCCAGCCAAAGAAGAGAGCAGAGACCCUCAUGUUUUCCAACAACGCCGUCAUCUCCAUGAGGGAUGAGAAGCUGUGCCUCAUGUUCCGGGUAGGGGACCUCCGAAACUCCCACAUAGUGGAGGCCUCCAUCCGUGCCAAGCUUAUCAAGUCCCGGCAGACCAAAGAAGGGGAAUUCAUACCCUUGAACCAGACGGACAUUAAUGUGGGCUUUGACACUGGUGACGACCGUCUCUUCCUGGUGUCCCCGCUCAUCAUCUCCCAUGAGAUCAAUGAGAAGAGCCCUUUCUGGGAGAUGUCUCGGGCUCAGCUGGAACAGGAGGAGUUUGAAGUUGUGGUCAUCCUAGAAGGAAUGGUAGAAGCAACAGGCAUGACUUGCCAAGCACGAAGCUCUUACAUGGAUACAGAGGUGCUCUGGGGUCACCGAUUCACACCUGUGCUCACCUUGGAAAAGGGCUUCUAUGAGGUGGACUACAACACUUUCCAUGACACCUAUGAGACCAACACACCCAGCUGCUGUGCCAAGGAGUUGGCGGAAAUGAAGCGGAAUGGUCGGCUCCUCCAGUACCUUCCCAGCCCUCCCUCGCUUGGGGGUUGUGCUGAGGCUGGGAAAGAUGCUGAGGCUGAGCAGGAUGAAGAGGAUGAACCCAAUGGACUGAAUGUGUCCCGGGCAACCAGGGGCUCAAUGUGAACACUGCUUUACCCAGAGCCUCUUCUUGCCAGACACCAAGGAGCCUGAGAGGCCAGAGAGGCCAAUUAGUUGAGCAAGCUUUCUGAGGCCCCAGGAGCAUGAGAGCUCUACAGAGAGGAACAGGGUGUUGAGGCCUCCCAUUUCCUCCUCCUUGGGGUCUCAGAGUGAGGGCCUUGCCUAGGCCUCUGAGAGCAUUAGCUAAGGCUGACACCAGGGUAGGGUUCCCAAUGAGAGUUCUAGAGUGGCAUCUGUCUUUUCUCUCUGACUAUUGGCACCUGCUCACUUUUCUCCCUGAUUCUCAGUCUUCUCUAGGGCCUGACAGCACCACCCCUGAGGCCUUUGGACUGAGGGAAGGGCACUUUUGUUCAUGGAUACUCAGGCCUCCCCCUGGGGAUGAGUUCACAGAGGCCCUGCAGGGACAAUGCCUUUAAUCUGAGGCCAAAACCUACUGAUUAAUAACUUCUUUGCAAGGCCCCUUGUUCACCUCUGGUUACUACCUAGUAUGUGUUUUCCUCUUCUGUGUUAAGCAGACAUUACGGCUUACAGGGUAAUUGAUUUAAUUAGAGUGACCCUGGGACACUGAGUACCUAGGAGCACACACAAUGUUAUCCUCACAACUGCCUGGCAAUCCUAGACUUACUGUGCCCUGUGCUUCAAAGGAGAACCCCAGCAGUUGCACAUUUUAUAGGGUUUUUGUUUUGUUUUGUUUUUUGUUUGUUUGUUUGUUUUUUAGGACUCUUUGGCCCAAGAACUUCAGAGAACCUGUACUGUGGUCCCAGGAAACAUAUGAACUUCAGAGAGCCAGAUGAACUAAUUGGUACAAACACAAGGAGGGCAGAGGAAAGGGAAGCAAGCACAACUUUAAAAAAAGCAUCCGGAGCCUAGUGUUUGAGGCAUGCCUGUAAUCCUAGCAUUUGGCAGGUUAAGGCAGAAUUGCAAAUUUGAAGCCAGCCUGGGCUAUAGAGCCCUGUAUCAAAAAGGCAAGAGACAAACUAACAAACAAGAACACAUCUGCCCCAGGUGUUGCACGGGGGAUCCUUGGAGAAAAGCGGGAUAUGAAACAGAAGUGGCCAGCGGCCAUAAAGGCAUCUUCACUGCCAGCCAAGGGUAGACCAAAGUCUUAGGCUGGUACUGAGAUGCCUCUGGCCUCCCUCCUGCAGAACAUCUCCAACACAGUGGUGGGAUCUAGAGGCCAGGCUUGGAAACAGAAGGAUGGGGGCUGGUGGGAUAACCAGGGAAAGAAGAGUCAGAAUAGAAGGGCCUUGAGUUCGACAUUCUCUUCCAUUUUGGAAGACUGAUGGCCAGAUCAGCAGAGCAUUACGUUGAAAAUGAUAAGCUGUCCUGGUCUUGGGAAUAUGUUGGCACAUUCUCCAACACCUCUAUGCCCACGAUCAGAGCUUUCAACCAGCCUUUGAAAAACAGAAGCACUUUUCUACCAGGCCCUGUAGAACUUGCCUUGGGAUCUACAGGGAGGCAAGAGGCUAGGGUAGCCCAGGGAACAGCUUCUGGACCUCAGCUCUGGGUUCUCUCAGACUGGGUUCCUAGAUCCCUGGGCUGCCAGGAAGGAGAACGUGGCUGGGGAUGGAGAGUCGCAUUUGUGAGCUGCCCACAAAGAGAAAAGUUUAUCUUUGUAGUUGGCAACUGGACUGAAUCUUCAGAGAUGAUCUAGAUCAGUGGUUCUUAAUCUUCUUAAUGCUGUGAACCUUUUUACAGUUCCUCAUGUUCUGCUGACCCCCAACCAUAAAAUUAUGCUUGUUGCUACUUCAUAACUUGCUAAUGUUAUGAAUUGUAAUGCAAAUAUCUGUUAUGCAGGAUGUCUGAUAGGGGACUCCUGUGAAAGGGUUGUUUGACUCCCAAAGGAGUCUCAACCUACAGACCCACAGGCUAAGAACCACUGGUCUAAACGGAGGUGUAUUUGUGUGUGUGUGUGUGUGUGUGUGUGUGUUUGUGUGUGGUGUGUGCAUGUCUGUGAGUGUGGUGUGUGUGUAUGGUGUGAGGGUGGGUGAAUGGGUGAGGGUGGGAAUGGUGUGUGUGUGUGUUGUGCAUGAUAAAUGUAGUGUUUGUGUGUAUGUGUGUUGUAAGUGUGUUAUAUGAUGAAUGUGGUGUUUGUAUAUAUGUGUAUGUGUGUGGUGUGGGUAUGUAUGUGGUGUGUAUAUGAUUUGUGUGUAUGUGUGUGUGCUGUAUGUGGGGGGGGUCCCAAAGUGAUAAGGAGCAGGCUAUGGUCUCAAGCAUCCUUUUAUAUGGUGAUGCAGGUCUAGCAGGGAAUGGGAAGUGAGCUGCUUCAUCCCCACUCAGGAUACCAAAUCAGUAGGUCCACAGCACCCAGUAGAUAAGCUGCAUUCAGGAGUCCAAUGAGGGAGCCUGCUGAUGAGACUAUGGGCAACAGUCUGUCACAAGACACAGGCAGUGCAGUAGCUGUCACAAGAGACAGGCUUUCAGCCUGGCUUUCUGGAUCUCAGGCUUGCACGCACAGGCAGGACCAGUUCUACUCCUUGUCAGGCCAUGAGUCCUGCCUUGGUCAGAACUAGCUAGUACCCACAGGUGAGGACCCAUAGUGAGGCCAGUUGGUAAGGAUAACAAGUAGCAGAGAAUGGUCUAAUGGUGAAACAGUGGUCUGACUGCUGUUUCACACUUGCCUUAUUUGUGUUUCUGAAACAUCCCACGAUGGUCCAUGGGAGACCCGAGGUCUGUGUGAGUCUGGGCCACUGGUGUGUCAAUCGGAAUCUGUGGAAGCUCUCAGAGAGGUAGAUAUACUCCUAAAGAUCCCCUCAUACCGGAGUGAUAUGUAAGAUAAUAACCCCAUUCAGCUUUCUAUCAUGGUGAUCUAAAUAUGAGGGGAUGGCCCUUCAUGUCCCAAGGACAUCUCCAUCUCAAUGAACAAUUGAUGUCACUAAAGUUUAGAAAAAUUCCUCAAAUCAUUCUCUGGAAGUUCUUGACCAAUAAAUUUAAAACAUGGGUUUAUUACUAAAUGCCACAUCUGAUGUUGGCUAACAUCUCAAUGGGUCAUGGCUUCUACAUAUAAACAUGUUAGUCAGAGUCCUUAUUGUAUGACUCUGAGCUCAUUCCAUCCCUCUUGGCCUACAAAGAACUGAGGCAGGAUGGAAGAAGAGGUCAACAGUAAUUCCCAGAGAUCUCUGCAUCUUGAGUAUGAGAAAUCUGACUUCCUUCCUGACGUCCUGCCUUAACUACCAUGUCCUUCCUCUCUGGAAAAAAAAAAAAAUCCUUGUUCCAUGUGCUGGUAGAAAUUCCCCCAAUGUGAAGGAGACAAGUUCUUGCCAGUUCUCCUCCAACGUCCUCAACCAAUCUGACACCCGCUAGGCUCUGCCAACAUGACCACAAAAUCCUGGUCUCGGGCCUCUCUGCUUCACACAUGGCUCCCACUGGCCUCCUCCAUAGUCAAGGAGCCCACAUGCCAAUUCUCUUGGCUACUUUGAGAUCCUGGCUGAAGCAGUUAAUGCUGAUGAUGAAGAGGCCCUCUCUGCCAGCGGAACAUGUCCCUGCUUGUUAUCUAUAGCCACUGGGAACCUUCAUUCACACCUCUCAGCCCAUGGCCUGCCUUCCAGCUGGCCCAGGCUCUGUGACUCCUGUGGAGUGAGGAACACAGAGCAGAAACUUUAUCGGUGACGAAAAGCAAGGGUUACACAUGGACUCCUGAGACAUCUCAGUACCUAUCAUGUGCGGGGCAGUGGCUAGACACACCUCCCCUGGAUUCUUGGACUUGAUUCUCUGGACACUGCGGAGGAGGUAUCUGGAGCUCUUUGUUACCAUGGAUGAGAGAAGCAGGGCACUGUCAUGCAAACACAGUGGGGCCAUCAUCCUGCACAAACACCCUUAGGGAUCCGCUCCUCAGGCUGCAGGCACAGACGGAGCUCUGACAGCGGGUCUGGCAGAGUCCCAUGCUGUGCUGUAGAGGACAUCCCCCCUUUCCUGUAGCAGGAAAAUUAGAAAACACCUCUCUGAUUCCCAGAGAGCAAAUGAGCCAUGGAAAAAGGGAUUCCAUGGGGGAAGAAUGGCUCUCUGGAGGGGCUGCUUACCCUCUGGCCUUGGGUUCUCUAGCCAUAUCCUAAACUGCUCUGUCAGAUGGCCCUCCCAAGUGCAUGACCUCAAUCUUAUGAAAAAGACCAUCGUUACGCUGCUAAAACUUCGUCCUCACCAAACAGCUUGACCUUCUCUUUCUCAUUGAAAAUAGGGAACUCCUGGAUUCCCACUCAUUCCCAGUUGGGGCAAAGUCGAUCUCGUUUGUAUUCAUCCAAACCUGCAUUUACUGGCAUUCGGCCUUUCGGCUGGUACUGGGCUGGGCAGACUGGGCCUGGAGAGACCACUGCCCUAGUAACAAGGCUCAGUCUCCACAGGGAAAGCAGGCUUCAAGAUGGCAACA